AUGCAGGAGCUGGCCGUGGAGCGGGAGGCCCUGGAGGAGGUCCGCGAGGAGGCCGUCGCUGCACAGGAGGAGGCCGACCGCCUGGAGCAGCUCAUAGUGGAGCGCGACCAGGCAUCGAAGAAGCACGCCGAUGAGCUGGCCGCUCGCGAGGAGCAGCUUGCCCUGCGAGAGCAGGAGGUUGCCUCACGGGAGGAUACGGUCGACAAGGGGGAGGAAAACAUGAGGUCCGCUCAAACAGACCUCCGCCGCCAAGCCGAUGAUCUCGAGCGCGACCGCGUCGACGUUCUCCGCCGGGAGGAGCAGGCCAUCGAGGCCCAGGCCGAGCAACUCGAGCGAGCCCACACCGAAGUGGCUGCCCAACUCCAGGAGGCACGGGUCGUGAAGGACAUCCCUGCCAGCACCACCAGCGGCAAAGGUCUUGAAGCUCGGCUGAAGAAAGCUGAGGAGGAUCUUGAUGCUGUCUACAAAGAGCAAACGAAUGUUAAGGCAAUGAUGCAGGAUGUCAUUCGGCAGGCGCGGGACUCCGUGGAGGCAGCCGGGCUCAUGUCCGUGUCUGUGGGUUCCCAAGGGCUGGAUACGCUAGGCCAUCUCGCCCUUGGGUUGUUGGAGAUCACCCGGCGCCUCGAGGCUCUCCCUGCCGCUGUCUAG